AGUGUUGGUGGUCUUGUAAUUGGUGAACCAAGGAUGAUUACAUUAGUUUUAGUCAUGCAGUUUUUGGCAACUUUGUACCCACGUAACAUCUGGUCUACAAAGUCCUUGCUCACACUAUGAGUACUACUGCUGUAAAUGCUUGUCAAAAGCCUUGGAACACUUUGAAAAAUAAAAAAUGUAUUGACAAUUUUUUUUCAGGAACUGCUUCUGUGCCAUGGAAGAGCUUUUGCAAGCUGCCAUUAUGAUUUUCAAAAAUAAAAGCACUCUGGCACCAUAGCGGACCCCAGUGUCUUACAGACUGUGCAGCAUGCUCUAGAAUGUGCACAUUGAAACUGAUAUGACAUUUGCCAUAUAAUCUCUCAAAAUGGCUCACAAAGUUUUUGAACAGAAAUUCAGCUGCAUCUAUGUCAUGUGGAGAAAAACGAUCUUUCAACAGACAAAAAGUUACUUGUACAAUUAGCAGUAAGUGUUUGUAGCACAUGCUUGCUUCUCAUAUCCAGGGGGAGUUUAGAUGUACUUAAUUUCAAAAGAGUUGCAAUCAAAUGUUUUGAAGAAUUUAUAUAGACUACUAGGCCACCGACCAGUACGCAGAGAGAUCGUGAAUGACUCUGUUCCACUUCCAGCAGACUGGUCGAGCUUCAUGGCAUUGGAAGAGAACAAAGCAGAUCUCGCUCAACUACUCUCAAAACAUCUGAUAGAAUACAGCCCAGAAUAUGAGCCAGUGGUUGUAGUAUCAGGUGGGUUUGCUGAAGUGACUACUGUCAAGUCAUCAGAUCCAGAACUUGAAAUCUCCUCUCUGAGUGCUGACCAUGAGGAGGCUGAUACACGACUGAUUUUGCACUGCAUCCAGGCUCCUAUGGACACAAUAGUGGUGUCAGUGAAUGACACAGAUGUGCUUCUUCUACUUCUAGUACAUCAUGACAGAAUUGGAUGUACCCAUCUCUACAUGAAAGCUGGGACAUCAAAGGAUCCAAAGUAUUUUCCAGUACAUGACAUUCGCAAGUUACUCUCUGAUGAUCAAGUGGACACACUCCUUGCCUUCCAUGCCAUCACUGGCUGUGACAGUGUGUCUCAGUUCAAGCAACAUCACACCAAUCUUACUGGUCUUGGGAAGGGCCCUCUCACAGAAGAUAUUGUGAAUUCAACAGAGAAAUUCAUCUGUAAGAUGUAUGGUGUGCCCGAGGUUGAUACAUGCAACAAAGCAAGAGUGAAGUUGUUUUGCAAAGGUCGUCCACAAGUGCCUCCAACCUCAGAUGCAGUAAAGUUCCAUAUCAUGCGUUCACACUAUCAAGCGACAAUCUGGAACCAAGCUCACCUGCCACAUCCUGAUCUUCCUCCAGUGGAUGAAAUGGGAUGGAUGCACAAGGAAGGUCAAUUAGUGCCACAGCUAAUGUCUCUGCCACCUAUGCCUAAAGCCUGCAGGGAGUUCACUUCAUGUGGGUGUACCAAGGGAUGCCUCAGCCAAUGCUGCAGCUGCAGAAAGAGUCGCAUGGAAUGUAUAGAUGCAUGUAACUGCAGGAAACCUGACAACACUUACCAGAACAAAAUACAAGGUAAGUAAAUGUAGCCUG